AUGGUUCCCCACGGCUCUCUUCCCGUCGGCAGUCUCCCUCCUAAAGGCUCUCUUCCCGUGGGCAGUCUCCCUCCUAAAGGCUCUCUUCCCGUCGGAAGUCUCCCUCCCAAGGGCUCUCUUCCCGUCGGCAGUCUCCCUCCUAAAGGCUCUCUUCCCGUCGGCAGUCUCCCUCCCAAGGGCUCUCUUCCCGUCGGUAGUCUCCCUCCCAAGGGCUCUCUUCCUCCCACGUCGUUUUUUUCAUGGUUUUGGAAAAGAAAUCGGACAAAAUUAUUUUAUUUCUGA